CAGAGAAGGGGGACAACGGCAGUGGGACACUUGAAAUGGGUAUGUCCAUAAUAAGGAAGGAAAAAAUGAACCUUCUUAGCUUUUUCCUCUUGGCAUUCAUGGUGGUCGAGAGCAGCCAGUUAACGUGCCAAAAUGAACUCCGACGUCCAGAAUACACAGACAUCUCAGUUGAAUGUGGCACGUCCUCCAUUAGCCUGGCUAUCCAAAUCUGCCCUGUUGUCUACACUGGCUACAACGAGUCUCUGCUCAUUCUCAACCACAUAUUUGACAAGCCGGAGUGCAAAGGAACCGUAGAUGAAUCCUCCACCCCGCCUGUUGUCAGAUUCACCUUCCCCCUCAACAUGACUAAUGCUUGUGGCAGCAACUUCCUGACCACCAGUGCAGCUGGCACAGGGAUCUUUGCCGACUUCUCUAACAUCCAGACCGUUAAUGUCAGUGGCGUGGUGCGCUCACAUGACCCAACCACAGGGAUAGUCACCUAUAACGCUGAACUCAAAUAUUACUAUUCCUGUGCUUACCCUCUGGAGUACCUCAUCAACAACACCCAGGUGGAAGUGUCAGCAUCUUCCAUUGCAGUGAGGGACAACAAUGGAAGCUUCAUCAGUACUUUGAGCAUGGAACUCUUCAGUGACAUCAACUACACCACUCGUCUGGUCAUACCACCACUGGGUUUAGAGCUGAGGACCGACGUCUAUGUCCAGGUCCAAGCAGCCAACCUAACUGAUCAGUACCAUGUCCUCAUGGACCGAUGCUACGCUUCCAUCUCUCCCUAUCCCACAAACUCCACUUUCUUCAACCUGUUUGUCUCGUGCUCCAAAGACCAGAUGACCACCAUGCACGAGAAUGGGAACAGUCACCACGCCCGCUUCUCCUUCUCGGCCUUCAGGUUUCUUGAACAGCAGAACCAGACAGUGUCCACCUACUACCUGCACUGUAUCACCAGACUCUGCGAGAUCAGCACCUGUGAUGCCUUUAAGCAAUGUAACAACAGGAGGAAAAGGGAUGUUGAUUCCACUGGUGUUUCAGGGACCACCACCCUAUCUUCAGCAGUCCCAAUUAUCACCAAAAAUGAGAAUUCACUGACAGCUAAGGAGGAAGCAGCUGCCUCCAGCAGUGACUCGGACUCGGGCUCCAGGAUGGGUCUUGGGAUAGCCGUGGGCAUCCUCACUCUGGCUGUCAUUGUGAUUCUGGCUGCGGCUGCUGUCUUCUACAGAAGGCUCAGACACUUUUAAACUGGAGCAGAUGCCCAAGCGUAACUGUUAGGCAAAUUGGUAUGCAGUAACCUUUCCUACAAGACCUGUGGCAUAGAACUAAGCUCAGCAUAAUAUUGCUCUUAAUGUGUUUUGUUCUCAUGUAGCAUGUGCAUGUGUGGUUUAGUGGUCUUGUGGUUGUAGCUGUACUAGAAAUGUACUGCAUAGACUCACUUGAAAAGCAAAGUGAGGAACGAGAAGGUUUGCACAAGGACAUGCUUUGCUUGUUGUAGUAGAAAUGGGGCAUUAUAUAAUGAAAAGCUCAAAUGUUAGCACUGGUGCUCUUUGGCUUUAAAAAGCAUAAAAAGGGGAACCACUAGUUUGUUCUGAGGGUAACAAAAUGAUCUUGAGUCUUUGGAGAUAUUGUAUCAGCAGACACAUAUGUACUACUACAAAUCUAUGAAGAAAAUGUAAUACAUUGUGUUCUACUGAGUUUAUGAAAGCAAAACUAAAUUAGUUGUAAAUGUGAUUGCAGAUGUUAUACACAAAGUUUGACAUUAAAGAAUGUGAAGAGUUUUGAGGUUGAA